GACAUCGUAGGGCGCCGGUGAGAUACGUUGAAGACUUCAACGCACGGUUGGGCGACGAACCCUGUUUAGUGUUUAAGCAGCCUUGUAAGAGUCCGUCUGCGUUUCACUCACUCGGCUGCAUCAUCAAUUGUAGCUUCUAAUGAGUUUCAGGUACGAGGAGCAAGGAAUUCUCAGAAGGCAGUCAGCUGAGAAAUACGACGCGAACUGGGAGCUCGUGGCUCGCGGCGAGUGGCACAGGUCGCGGCGGCGGCGGCGGCGGCCGCCCCCUCCCCGUAGUAGGGGAACCGCCUCCACCUCCGCCCCCUGCACCGCGGCCGCGGGACUUCGGACGGUCGCCGCGGAGACGCCGGCAGUCGCUUCACGAUAGCGCCACGACGAGCACGCCAGCGCCUCUCCGAGAUGAGACCGCACAGCGUCCUGGUAUUGCUGCUGCUCCUGCACGCGAUGACGGCGUCGCUGGCCAUCAUGGUGCCGUCGGGCAAGCUGGAGCCGAUCACUCCCCCGGACCCGGCGCCGCGGCCGCUGCCCGCCUAUCCGCUGGUGCCUCCGGCGCCCGUCUACGAGGACCCCGAGCCGCACACCAACCUGGUGCAGCCGCCGCCGCCCGCCAGGGCAUACCAGCCACCCUUCGGCUUCAGGCUCAAGCCGCUGCCCAAGCAGCGCUACCCGUUGUCUUCGACGGGGUUCGCCAAACACCUCGACUACAUCAUGGGCUAUUAAGGCGCGCGAGCGGAGAAGGGAACCUAGCUGGCACAGCUCGUGUCGGCACCUCGGUACCUGCCAUCUCCGACGCGUCGGCACAGGCGGCAUCGUAUCUAGUAGUUCAUCAACAUCGGCAUAAACCCACUUUACAUUAAAGCCCCACUUUCCAUACAAAGCGCACAGUCUAGCAGAGAGAAAAUGUUUCGCACUACCCUUGUAUCUGGCGGAUAUGCGAGCUGUAAAUAGAAUAAGUAGAUACGACUGACAUCAUUAUCUACUCUGCAGAGGAGCUAGAUUCAACUCAUUGUAUUAAUUUUUGAAUUAGGUCUGUCAGUAUGACAGACACCAUUGCCAUAUGUCGACUACCACACUCUUUUCUCCUGUAUUAAUCCAACACAAAAUUUUAUUAUCUCCUAUUUCUCUCAGUGCUGUGUAUGUUUACAAUGUUGGGCGCGGGGGGGGGGGGGGGGGGGGGGGGAAUGACUUCUGGGCGAAUCUGUUUGUAUUGAGCAGACUUGGUGGUGUGAAUACUUCUUCUCGGUGUAUGUGGGUACUAACACUCGAAAGAGCUCUAGCCCCGAAGAUAUUGUAGCACGGGAGUACCUCUGUUCUAUAUACACCCUUUUAUUUGCUGUAAUGGCUGUGCUACUCAUUCGCCCAAGAAAAUGAUAUGAAAAAAUUUUAUAACUGAAUUAUGUGGUGUAACUUCGAAGUUGGUAUGUUAGUUUAGUGCAGUCAAUUUAUUCUUGUUCGCACUGUGUCUUUCUGUUGAUAAACAAGUAUUAAUUCCCUCCAAAAAUAAACAGUGUAUUGAGAGACAAUUCUAAGAGCAUUAAGUGUAAGAAGGACUGCUGAAAAGUCGACCAGCGUAAAGUAUAUUCACUACGUUUCAUGCUUCCUCUUCACAAUAUUGCACUGCUGCUGUAUAUUAUAAAUUAUUCAUGGACUGAAAAUUAAGUUGCGCUCUGAUGACGUAAUAACUAUUAUAGGUAAAAAUAAUCUGAUUGUUGUGAACUUUGAUUGUGUAUGUAUCUUAAGUUAUUUGUUUGUAUAAUUAAAAUGUUAAGUUUGAUAUAUUGUAAGAUAGUUCUUAAGCGUGUCUGUUAACAUAUAGUUAAGUCUGGCAUUAUUCGAACUGAUGCCAGAGGUGUAUUAACGAUGCUUACAGGUGAGAACUGAACUAUUGUAGUUAAAAAAUUGUAAAUAAAGAACAGACGACAAAAAAUACUACUGUCUGAACACGCGAAAGAAUGUGUAUAACUUUCUGUCACUUGUAACAAUGAUGAAAGUGAAUAUCAUAAUCGACAAAGAAAUCAAUAAACUGAUUUUAUCCUCGAGAA